UCGUACCUUCAUCUUCAAACUGUUUUUGUGACGAGUUGGACGAUUUAAAAUAUCUUUGCUAAACUCCAUUACUCCAGUGUACUGUAGUAAAAUGCUUAUUUACACAAAUUGAUGGGGUGAUUGAGAAUUUAAAAACAUAAAAUGAAUGGUAUGCUAUUUGUGUGGCCUGCUGUAGAUUGUAUUUUUUUCGCGCGGACUUUGUCAUAUACUAAAUAUUCCAUAAAUCGAUGGUGUCAGAAGUCACCCAGCUAAAUGAGCUACCGUGCUGCAGGUGCCAAGUCGAUGCUUUAGAUCAGAAGCUACACUGCGCCCUCUGUCAAGGAACCCGGGGAACUGACGGAGGAGUCGGCGGAGCAGUGGAUAUCGAGUGUAUUGCAACUGAACCGCACACUUGGAGAGGGGUUGGAAAGGCAACCAAGCCUGCGCGUCAGCAAACCUCUCCUUCACUCGAAAACAUCUACUUUUUUGUAGUUUUACACUAAAGCUACCAGCGCCUGCUCACCUGCUCACAGGAAAUUAACUUAGUGCUUGGAUCAUAAGGUGGAGUUGAAUUUCGGUUAACCAGGAGCCGCGUUGAAAGACGGAGACAUGGCAACGACAACCUGUACACGUUUUACUGACGAAUUUCAGCUAUACGAGGAACUCGGAAAGGGAGCGUUUUCUGUUGUGCGCCGAUGUGUCAAGCUGUGCACAGGCCAAGAGUAUGCGGCCAAAAUCAUUAACACCAAAAAGCUCUCCGCCAGAGAUCACCAGAAGUUGGAACGGGAAGCUCGAAUUUGCCGUCUGCUUAAGCACCCUAAAUUGUUCGUCUUCAUGACAGUAUUUCAGAAGAAGGCUUUCACUACCUCCUGUUUGACCUUGUUACUGGUGGGGAGCUAUUCGAAGAUAUUGUCGCCAGAGAGUAUUACAGUGAAGCUGACGCCAGUCAUUGCAUCCAGCAGAUCCUGGAGGCGGUGCUUCACUGCCACCAAAUGGGCGUGGUGCACCGAGAUCUCAAGCCUGAGAACCUGCUCUUGGCCAGUAAGUGCAAGAAUGCAGCGGUGAAGCUGGCUGACUUUGGUCUGGCCAUCGAGGUGCAGGGAGACCAGCAGGCCUGGUUUGGGUUUGCGGGGACCCCGGGGUACUUGUCCCCUGAGGUGCUGAGGAAGGAGGCCUACGGUAAACCUGUGGACAUCUGGGCCUGUGGAGUGAUUCUGUACAUUCUGCUGGUCGGCUACCCCCCUUUCUGGGAUGAAGACCAACACAAACUCUACCAGCAGAUCAAAGCUGGAGCGUAUGAUUUCCCGUCUCCUGAGUGGGACACUGUCACUCCUGAAGCCAAGAACCUCAUCAACCAGAUGCUCACCAUCAACCCUGCCAAGAGAAUCACUGCCCAGGAGGCCCUCAAACACCCAUGGGUCUGCCAACGCUCCACAGUGGCCUCCAUGAUGCACAGACAGGAGACCGUAGAGUGCCUGAAGAAGUUCAACGCCCGCAGAAAACUCAAGGGAGCUAUCCUGACCACCAUGUUGGUGUCGCGAAACUUCUCUGUGGGCCGACAAUCUACGGCUCCUGCUUCGGUGACUGCAGCAGCAGCAGCUGCAGCAGCAGCAGCCGGAACCACUGCUGGUCUGGUGGAACAAGUAGCCAAGAGCCUGCUCAACAAGAAGGCAGACGUCAAGAAACGGAAGUCCAGCUCCACGAUUCAGUACAUGCCCCAGUCAAACAGCGUGAAAAACAGCAUAGUCACCAGCCCCAAAGGAAACGUCUCUACACCUGCUCUGGAGCCUCAGACCACUGUUAUCCAUAACCCAGUGGAUGGGACCAAGGAGUCCACAGACAGCAGUAACACCACCAUUGAAGAUGAGGACGUGAAAGCAAGGGCUGUAGAGAGCAGCUCAGUAAAGUCCUCCUCAGACUCCAGCCUGUCUGCUGCGGCUGCCGCCCCUGUCAUCUUCUCCUCCAAGCUGUCAGACGUCUUGGGCUCCAUGCGCAGGAGCUCAGGUCCCACUGGGGGGGGCGACAAAGACGGAGGGGCGCAGUCGGCCCCCUCCCCUCCUCACACCCCGUCCAUGCAGACCCGUCUCACAGACCUGGUGAGCAAUGUGUGCCGUGCCCCGGCCCCUCAAGUUGCCAUGGAAACCUCCCGGCCCACAGCCCCCCCUCCUCCCUCCCAGCCCCCCUCUGGUUCCUCAUUGAGCGUACAGUCCCGCAAGCAGGAGAUCAUCAAGAUCACAGAGCAGCUGAUCGAGGCUGUCAACAAUGGAGACUUCGAGGCGUACGCAAAGAUCUGCGAUCCUGGGCUGACCUCCUUCGAGCCAGAGGCCUUGGGGAACCUGGUGGAGGGAAUGGACUUCCACAGAUUCUACUUUGAGAACCUGCUGUCUAAGAACAGUAAGCCCAUCCACACCACCAUCCUGAACCCCCAUGUGCACCUGAUUGGAGAAGAUGCUGCCUGCAUCGCCUACAUCCGCCUUACACAGUUUGUGGAUGGCCAGGGCCGGCCACGCAGCAGCCAAUCAGAGGAGACCAGGGUGUGGCAUCGUCGCGACUCCAAGUGGCAGAACAUCCACUUCCACUGCUCUGGAGCUCCUGCUGCCCCACUACAGUGAAGAGCAGGGGCUGCAGUGGGUGCAUCUGACUGGUGCGCUGGACAGGAGAUGGAGAGAUGGAGAGAAGGACUGACGCAGGACAGGGGAGAACGAGUGCAAGGCUGGGGAGCCUCCUCCACGGAUGGGCCUCCUGCCCUCCAGCUCUGCACCAACCCUGUCCAGGCAAUGCAUGCACACAGUCGCUCUUUAUUGCCCCGCGGUGGCCUGGAGUCUCACUGCAGCGCCCUGGCCAGCAACACCUGCAGCAUCACUGGCCUCUGUCUCGUUAUAUGAACUCUCCCUUGAAGCGCAACACAGCUGCACUCCCCUCCCCCCUUGUCUGUAAGCCAAGACACCCCCCCCCCUUUCCCUGGUAGGAACAAGAGCACACAUAUCAGUCUAAGACUCACAGCUCCUGUGUUCUGCGUUCCACUCUUACAACCGCACCCUCUGCUCUCCUGUCCACUCUCACUGGGCAAGGGUUACAUCCCAUGACUAGGGUGCAUCAAAAAUAUUAGCACCUUCAAAUGAAGUUCAUAUUAUUAUUAGAAUUAUUAUUGUUACUAUUAUUAUUAUUAUAACUAUUAUUACUACUUGUUUCAUAAUCAUUGGUAAUGCUGUUGUAUAUUUAAUGGUAAAAUUCUUGAUGCCAGUGGUAAACCUAUUUUAUCAGAAGAAAAACAAUUUUUUUUGUUUUUGUUUGUAUUUUUAAGUGCAUGUUUUUUCAGUAUUAUUCUCAGUGGCUGUUUUUUAUUGUGCUUGAGUAAUACGAAAUGUACUUAGAAUUUUACACACUGCUAUGUAAGCCAUUAAGACUACUGAUCGGCACGACUCAGGAAAAGAAGGAAUGCAUCAUGGAAAAGGCCUUCAGACAGGAAGAAGAUUGGCUGAGGGUAGAGAGAUCUUUAGAGUUUCACUGUUGUCCGCCCCCCAAAUCUGUCUCGCCAUCUUUGUGUGCUUAUGCAGCUGAAAAUGGCUGCUUUUGUCCAGUCUAAGUCUCUUCAAAAUAGGAUGUUUCACUUCUGUCUGUACAGUUAUGAUAGUUCUGGUGUUACCAUGACUACAACAGAGCCUACCAUUUAAACAUCAAAUUCCUUUAGGAUUCCAUAGCUAUAGUUAGAUGGAAGUGAAAUAACUCCUGCUUGUGUGUUUUAUAUAAACACACUGUCUGAAUCCUUUGUUUCUGAACAGCUGCAGUCUUUAUCUUUGCUUUCAGUUAAAGCUUGAUGCUUCCCAGGUGGUUUUUGUAUGAGAGAACAUCACAGAUCAAUGUACAUUGGAUGCUUAAUGCCAUGCCCAAAUACACUUACAGUUGGACACACUCAUGAGGUGCAUUUAAGUCUAAUUAGUCUGAUUAGUAUUAGAAUUUAAAUUAAUUAUUUUUUGGGUGUUUGUAUGGUACUUUUACAAGGUUUUAUGGCCUAGGGGUAAUUUCAAGUAAUAGGGUUAGAGUUGUAAGUUGUUGUCUUGGAACAGACACACAUAGGAUGGACAUUAGGGAAAAUCUCUGGUGUAACUCUGUUAUAACCAGUCCAGGUGCAGCAAUAAGAGAAGGGAACACGCCAUAACUGAGCCCACCGUGGUGGAGUGGGGUAGAGCGAGGAGACGUGCAGCCUCUUAAGGAAGUAGCAGCAUGGUUAGUGGGAGAGGAAAGAGUGUCUUGAAGAAAUCAUGUACCCUGCCAGCCCUCUCUCAGGCACCUUCUCAUCAAUAUCACCUUUGUACUUCCUGUUUGUUUUUAUUCUGUAAAUGCAGGGUGGGAACCUUUUUGCCCCAUAUUUUUUUCAUGGAAUAGAAGGUAGAUAUUUCAUGGUUUUUUUUAUGUGUAUGUGUAAGGUCCAAUGCGAUAUUUGUGGGCAUUACACACUUGUUUAACUGAAGAAAGUCUUUUGUUUCCUGUCUCAAUGUGAAAAAAUAGUAGUUACAUAUUUGUAAGAGGUGCUGAAAACAGUUGCUACUUGCUGCAAACCAUAGCGAAAUAACCAGAAGGGAAAGUAUGAAAUAAGUCAAAUUAAUAAGAAUGUAUAAAAGGAUCAGCUUUUAGAGAGCAGGAUUUUUGUGAGUGGAGCUAAUGGUUAAGUUAAGACACACAUACGACCACACACACACACACACACACACACAACUAUAGCCCCAACGGUGUUUGUUUACAGAGUGUGUGUGUGUGUGUGUGUGUCUGUUUAUUAAGGCAUACAGUAUGUUCUUGUGUGCUCCUAUGCCACAAUGUAAUGACAAUAUGGAGAUAAAAGAUGAAUAGAAUGCGUUGCUAUGGAGAUAAGUAAUACAAUAAUGCGGGAGCUUCCUGCUAACUGGCACAGUUUGUACUGUUUUAUACGAAGGCAGAUUUGAUCUGUGUAGAGAGAUGAACUGAAGAAAUGGAUGACUUGGUGAAAUGUUGAGCAAAUUCACUGACUGGCUCGUUUUUGUGAAUUUUUAAAAACCCUUUCAUUUUCGUUCUGUGAAAUGUGAUGUUUCUUUCUAUCAUGUUGAACCCUAUUGCUUUGAUUCUUUGGGUGGGUGGGGGGGCCUGGCCAGGCAGCAGAGGAAUCAGCAGUGGAUCCAGCUCUGGCUCAGAUAAGGGCCACAUUUGUUCCCGAUCUGUUCUACCGCCCUCUGUCUCCUCGGAACAGCAGUUGAAACCGCAUGUUGACAUACUAUAGUGUUGUUCUUUCUUUCCUAUCUGUGUUAAACCGUGCAAAUAAUCAAAUAUGACAGCUGAAAAUAAGAAAAUAACUUUUAAAUAAUUAAAUAUAUUGUACAACCACAGUUAUGUAGUGAUGACAUAGGUGGCAUCUAUUUGCAUGAAAUUCGACAUAAUACAUUUGGUGUUUUUAUUUCAUAUUGUUAACAUUUCUUUUUUUACUGAAUGCUGGUGAGUUAUGAUCCUCUAUCUCCUUUCUGAACUUUGUAUGUGCAUAUACCUAUUUUUGUCUCAAGAUGAUGAUGACGACCAUCAUGGCAUAAGACGUAACAAUGAUUGUAUUGCAUGCUUUUGUACAGGGUUUCUUGUUGUUCGAGCAGGAUUGGUUGGCCACAGAUAUUAAAUGGGAGAACUUGAGUCUUAAUUAGGCAAUUUUUUUGUUCUGCCUGAACAACUUAGGCUUGUCAUGCUGGCUUUGAAAGUGCAUCAUGGGAGAUUGUGUGUCUAGAUGUGGGGAUGAUGCUAGAGAACUGCAUGCUUUGGAGGUUCUCUCAAUGCUGAGCAUAGUACUGAAGUACUGGCAGGGUUUAUCAUGGACACGGUCCAAAGAUUACUCUGAGCCCUUGUUCAGAGCGCCCUUGCUGACACUUGAGAUUUAAAGGCAACCCCCAGAGGGCGCCAGACAUCCACAUUAACCACUUCACUUUGGCCCUUGCAGAAAGUUGCUUGCAGGAACACGCCAUGAAUGUGGAAGACCUGCAGUGUUUUCACAAAUGGAUGUGAAAUCAGCAAGCUUGAUGAGUAAGUGAGAGUAUUUCCAAACUCACCAGACGUGUCAUUCAGUACUGGUUUGUUAAGUUCUUCUAAGACAAUAAGAUACCAGAGUUUGCCUGUGCAUCCCCAUGGCGUUGGUAAUUGGAUCACACUGUUAUGCAAAGUAUUUGCUACUGGGGGUAAGAGUGUUCUUAAAAUGAUGGUGUAACGUCCCAGGCCAGUGACGAAACGAAGGUUUGUUUGUGUGUGUGUGUGUUUGAGAGGGAGAGAGAGAGGAAAGAGUUUAUUAGUGCCGAAUCCGUCCUUUUAUAGUGACACCUCGCUGCUCUUACAACACCAAGCCACAGCUAUUUGUAGUGUUUCUUUAUUUCCUUUGAUCCCUAAUCCUAUUUUCCUUAUUGGUUUCAGUUGGUUUGCUUAUGGUUUCUCUGAUGCUGAGCCUUUGAGAUGUGUUGGUUUCUCGUUUUUGAAGGGGGGUUUUGUAUAUAAUCUCAUGAUGUGAGAUUAUGUGAAUCCUGUCAAAUUAGACGACAACGAGAUUAUUAUGACUUCUGUAUUUCUCUUGACUCUUCCUGUUACUGCGGCUCUGUUCUUCCAAUGUGCUCUGUGUUCUAAAAGUUAAAGAAAUGUGUUAAGAUGUUAUCGAUAUGUUAUCAAUAAAAAGACAGUACAAAGGCA